AUGCCACACAUUAUUCUUCUGGGAACGCUUGAUACCAAGCAUGAAGAAGUAUUAUAUCUAUACAACCAGUUGAAGAAGACUGCUUCUCGCUUCUCUCAUCCACUUCAAAUCACACUCAUUGAUUGCGGUCGUCAACCGAUCGCUGACGAUGCCAUCGCAAUCACCCAUACCGAUUUGAUGACCAAAUAUGCAGGCGACAACACAGAAAUUUCGAAAUUAUCACGAGGCGAAGCAAUCGAAUUUUUGAUCGCUUGUGUCGAAAGCUGCGUGAGAGAUCUGUUAAAAACAAAUGACAUCCACGGUAUAAUAGGCACAGGUGGCAGUGGUGGCACGAGUCUGAUCUCCGCGGUGAUGAGGGCAGCAGCACCAAUCGGGUUGCCCAAGUUGAUCGCCAGCACAGUUGCAUCCGGAAACACAGGACCAAUCGUUGGAGAAUGCGACAUUACCUUGAUGUACUCUGUUGUCGAUAUUGCUGGAACCAAUCAACUCUUGCGGGAUAUACUUGACAAUGCUGCUGGCGCUAUCUUUGGUAUGGCUUCGGCGUAUGAGCACCGCCUCGAGGACCAAAAGGCAUCGGGUGCCCUUCAAAAAUCAUCUGGGCGCAAGACACGGGUUGGAAUCACCAUGUUUGGCGUGACUACCGCGUGCGUCGAUUGCAUACGAAACCACUUAGAAACGCAAUAUCCCGUGGAGGUGUACGUGUUUCAUGCAACUGGCCAUGGCGGCAAAGCAAUGGAGCGUUUGGUUGAGGAAGACCGCCUAGACGCAAUACUGGAUAUCACGACCACCGAGAUAUGUGAUCUGGUCGCAGGCGGUACCAUGAGUUGCGACACUGAUCGGCUCGAAAUGAUGCUGAAGAAGGGCAUUCCGACUAUCAUUUCUGUUGGAGCCACAGACAUGGUCAACUUUGGUCCAAUGGAUACUGUACCACUUCAGUACCAGAAGCGCAAGCUUCUAGUUCACAACCCCACUGUAACCCUGAUGAGAACGUCCUCCGAUGAGUGUCAAAAAGUUGGAGAAUUCAUCGUCCAGAAAGUGUGCCAGUUUUCCCGGGAUCCAGCGAAAGUGGAGGUUUGGCUUCCUCGUGGUGGAGUCAGUCUUUUGGCAACCUCGGGGUCAGAAUUUGAGGAUCAACAAGCUGAUGCGAUCCUUGCGAAUACUGUGCAGCUUGGGCUGAAAGAAAGUAAGACGCGUGUGGUAUCGGAUGAUCGUGAUAUCAACGACAGUGGGUUUGCCAUUGACAUUGCGGACCGCCUAAUGGCUUUGAUACCUUUGAUGAAACAGUAG